CUUUCCUGAGGAUGAGCCAGCUCCAUCCCCGGGUGAGAUGCCAGCCUCUGUACACAGCCAGCACCAGGGGAGUCCUUGCUGGCGUCUUCUUCGUCCUGGGCUGCUGGGGACUCUCCGAUUUCCAGCAGAAUUUUCUUCAGGCUCUGGAGCCGGAGGACCUGGCUUCCUACUUUGGCCCCAGUGCUACCUUUGAAGUUUCCUGCCCUGGUGUCCUCUUAGCCAGAGGAGUUUCUCAGGACCUGGGUGGGGUACCUCCCCACUAAGUCAGUUUUUCCAGGGCUUUUGAUGGUGCAGGAGGGAGGCAGGCAGAGAAGCUGCAUCUCCCCUGUUCAUUAACUGUUACUUCCUGCCAACUUGAUAAAAACUGCUCUGGGUGUUCUGGAUGAGUUGGGGUUCUGACCCCAGGCUUCUGUUAAACAUCCCAAGGAAAUGGUCAUUAGCGGGCCAGUCCCUUCCACCCAGUUGCCCCUGAUGGGCUGGCUCAUUUUCGGGAACUUUGGUUUCUGGCCAUGGAUGUAAAUAUUUAUUCCGUUUGUGGGAAACAAGGCAGGCACUGGACCAACUUCCUCCAGAGCCCGCCUGCCACCUCCUCAUGCUGAGGUCUUUCCCCUGUCUAGCAGCCUCAUGUCUCAGGGUACCAGUCCUCUGUCCUCUUUCCCGGUAGGACCAUUGAUGACUUCAAUCUAAAGGCUGGUGUGGGCCAGAUGUGGGUGGGCUAGUGGUCAGGGUGGAGCAAUUAGGACAGCCUAAUUGUGCCCUGGCUUCCCUGUGGUUUGCCUUGGGUCCAGCUGGAGGAUUACUGGGGCAGAGGGUCUGCCCCAGAUCUGCCCCUUCUGGGCCAGAAUACUAUUGCCUUGGGUCUGGUCUGUCUUGGUGGGGGACAGUGAGGCUGGUCUGACCUCCUGCUUUUCAGGGAGGCUGGAGGCUCCACAUGGCAUCUCCUUCCUCUUGGUGUCCGCUUCAGGGGUGCACUGGGUGGAGGAACCCGAGCUUGGUGUUUGACGGGUGAAAGGGGCUCACUGAAGAGGGAAUUGGUCUCUCCCAGUGAAGGUGACAGACACGUUUGUUCCCCCAGACUCUAAGGGUGGUCCUCUUGGUAAGGCUCACGACAUUGCUCAUGAAACAUCUGUUUCAAGGCCAAGACCAGUUUGCUGGGUACUGGUUCAGCCCCAGGGGAGCCCUGUGAGGGGAAGCAACUUGUCCACCGGUCCUUUAAAUGGGGAGGGCAGGACUCACACCCAGGCCCGGCCUUCAGGCCUGUGUGCCUUCUGACUCACCCUCACCAAAGCUGGAGGACCUGGAUGGGUGAGCAGGAAUUGGUGAAGCAGCUCCUGUCUCCACAGUGCCCCUGUUCACAGUAGCCUCACUCACCUGUGGCUGUGGGGAUAGGCUCAGGGGGCUGCCCUGCAGGGCCAUGCUCUGCUCUCUGAGGCCCUGGAGAGUUCUUCACCUUCUCCUUCUGGCCUGAGCGGGGCCUCCUGGCCCCCUCCUUCAUCAGUGAGUAUGUGGUGAAUGCCUCCCUGUGGCUACUGAGGAGACCCCCAGCCACUGCUUCAUGGGAGGCCAUGCCCUUCUGCCCCAGGACACAGUGGCCAGGGUCACAUACUGCUGGGCCCACUUGGUGAGUAGGAGCUUGGGAGAGCAUUGGGGACAGGGUGUGCUCAGGGUGUGGCUGGUGGACCCCAGCGUGCAAAGGGCCAUCCCUAAAUUCCCUGCCGUGAGGCUGAAUGUCCUGAUAGGACACUGCAUCCCAUCUUUGGCUAAUGUCAAACCCCAGGGAGGGAGACAGGCUCAGAAAAUGGGCCACCCAUUUAGCCAGUGUCAGUCAGAUGCAAACCCUGCUUUGUCAAUGCCCAGGUUACUGAGAAAGACAAGAACCUGGGCUCUGAGUGCAGCUAAAAGCCCCACCACUCCUUACUCCUGCAGUUGGGCCUCAGCCACUCCACCUGAGCAUGGUGCCUUGGCACCUGCCUGGUUUGUUAUGAGGGCUGUGUCCCACGUGUCAGAAUCGUAAUCUGUCCAUAUACCAGCACCGUUUAUACAUUAUGUACCCUAGUCCCUGAGUUGGGAGCCCCAGCCAGAGCCAGGACAGAUGCCACUCAGGGUCAGCCUGUUGACAGACUCUCCUGGUCCCUUGAGAUGCUUCCCUCCUCAUGUCUGGGACCUCAUCUGGGUCUUUUAUGGGUCAUGUGCAUGAGCAGAGGUUCAAGUGUGGGCAGGGGGGCAGUGGCAGCAUGUGGUGGACAAACCUGGUCUGGGAGAGCAUGGCUUCCUACCUUCCAUGUAUGGGCUUGUGGAUCUGGACUUGGAGAGGACUUAACCAAUGCAUGCCCAGAAGCCUUCUCCUGCAGGGGACAUGGUGAUCCUCCCAGGACAAGGGGUGCUCUGUGCUGGAGGUUGCUUUCUCUUCUGCAGGAGGUUGACAACUUGGUGGCUGCAGGCAGACUGUAUGUCCAGCCAGUGAAGCGGCAGCAAUGGGGGCUAGUGCCCCGCUGGAGCAGUGCCCAGCCCCACCCGAUCCAUAGGCCUGCAGUCUCAGAGUCUGUACAAGGCCGUCCUUCCCCUCACCUCCAGAGACAUAAACGGGCUGCAGUGGGCCCGCUGCACCUGGAGCUGCUGGUGGCUGUGGGCCCUGACGUCCACCAGGCUCACCAGGAGGAUACGGAGCGCUACGUGCUCACCAACCUCAACAUUGGGUCGGAAUUGCUAAGGGACCCAUCCCUGGGGGCUCAGUUCCGUGUGCACCUGGUGAAGCUGAUUGUUCUCACAGAGGCCAAGGACGCUCCCAACAUCACAGCCAACAUCACCUCAUCGCUGCUGAAUGUCUGUGAGUGGAGCCAGACCAUCAACCCUGGGCAUGCCGACCUGGUCCUCUACGUCACCAGGUUUGACUUGGAGUUGCCUAAUGGCAAUCGGCAAGUUCGGGGGGUCACCCAGCUGGGGGGUGCCUGUUCCCCCUCCUGGAGCUGCCUCAUCACAGAGGACACUGGCUUUGACCUGGGUGUUACCAUUGCCCAUGAGAUUGGGCACAGCUUUGGCCUUGACCACGAUGGUGCACCAGGCAGCGACUGCGAGUCCAGUGGCCACGUGAUGGCAUCCGACAGUGCAGUGCCAGCACACGGGGGCCUGGAGUGGUCAGCCUGCAGCCGCCGGCAGCUGCGGCACCUGCUCAGCAGCUUGGGACGGGUGCCCUGCAUGUGGGACCCACCACAGUCACCGUCUGGAUCCAAGGGCCACUUACCGGACGCACAGCCAGGCCUCUACUAUGGCGUGGACGAGCAGUGCCGGGUGGCCUUCGGCCCAGGGGCUUUUGCCUGUACCUUCACCAGGGAGGGCCUGGACAUGUGCCAGGCUCUCUCCUGCCACACAGACCCUCUGGACCAAGGCAGCUGCAGCCGCCUCCUUGUUCCCCUGCUCGAUGGGACAGAAUGUGGCGUGGAGAAGUGGUGUUCCAAGGGUCACUGCCGCUCACUGGCAGAGCUGACCCCCGUGGCAGUGGUGCACGGGCAGUGGUCCAGCUGGGGUCCCCGCAGCCCUUGCUCCCGCUCCUGUGGAGGAGGUGUGGUCACCAGGAGGCGGCAGUGCAAUAACCCCAGACCUGCCUUUGGAGGGCAUGCAUGUGUCGGUGCUGACCUCCAGGCCGAGAUAUGCAACACCCAGGCCUGCGAGAAGACUCAGCUGCAGUUCAUGUCCGAGCAAUGUGCCCAGACUGACAGCCGGCCUCUGCACCUCUCCCCAGGCAGUCCCUCCUUCUACCACUGGGGUGCUGCAGCUCAGUACAGUCAAGGGGAUGCUCUAUGCAGACACAUGUGCCAGGCCAUUGGCAAGAGCUUCAUCAUGAGGCGUGGAGAGAGUUUCCUGGAUGGGACCCGGUGUGUGCCGAGUGGACCUCGGGAGGACGGGGCCCUGGGCCUGUGUGUGUCUGGCAGCUGUCGGACAUUUGGCUGUGAUGGCAGGAUGGACUCCCAGCUGGCGUGGGACGUGUGCCACGUGUGUGGAGGAGACAACAGCACGUGCAGCCCCCAGAAAGGCUCCUUCACGGCUGGUAGAGCCCAAGCUCUGCUUCUCCCUAGAGUACGUCACGUUCCUGACCGUCACACCCAACAUGACCCAUGUGCACGUAGUCAACCGCAGGCCGCUCUUCACACACCUGGCGGUGAGGAUCGGCGAGCACUACAUCGUGGCUGGGAAGGGCAGCAUCUCCCCCAGCACCACCUACCCCUCCCUCCUGGAGGACAGCCGUGUGGAGUACAGAGUGGCCCUCACCGAGGACCGGCUGCCCUACCUGGAGGAAAUCCGCAUCUGGGGACCCACCCAGGAAGACAUGGAGAUUCAGAGCUAACUGGAGCUCCCAUCUGCUGCACUGUCCUGCCUGGGGCUCAGGGACUGAAGUGUGGAGAGACUUUCCAGGUGUACAGGCGGCACAGUGAGGAGCACGGCCACCUUGCCCACCCCGACAUCACCUUCACCUACUUCCAGCCUAGGCGACCCGCAGCCUGGGCGUGGGCCGCUGUGCGCGGGCCCUGCUCGGUGAGCUGUGGGGCAGGACUGCGCUUGGUGUCCUACAGCUGCCUGGACCAGGCUAGGGAGGAGUGGGUGGAAAUGGCCCAGUGCCAAGAGAGCCCCCAGCCACCCUCGUGGACAGAGUCCUGCAACCUUGCACCAUGCCCCCCAUACUGGGUGGCUAGCGACUUCAGCCCGUGCAGUGCUUCCUGUGGGGGAGGCCUCCGGGAGCGACUGGUGCGCUGCGUUGAGGCUCAGGGAGGCCUCCUGAGGAUGUUGUCCCCUGCCCGGUGCAGAGCCGUGGCCCCACAGCCGGCGGUGGAGGUGGAAACCUGCAACUCCCAGCCCUGCCCAGCCAGGUGGGAGGUGUCGGACCCUGGCCCCUGCACAGCGGCCUGUGGAACACACGUGGCCUCACGGAAUGUAACACGUAUGCUGGGAUCGGGUGGCCUGGAAGCCCCAGGGAUUGCAGGGCCCUGCUGCACGGACGGGAAGUUGCCUACUCUCGAGCCAUGUUUCCAGAGGGCCUGUCCUCCAGGCUGGAGUCAGCUGGACACCACAUCUCCUGGGAAGGAGGCCCCAUUGCCACUGGGCAGUGUCAGGCUGGAGGCUCAGGCUGCACACGUGUGGACUUCUCUAGCAGGGCCAUGCUCCGUCUCCUGUGGGCGAGGUCUGAUGGAGCUGCGUUUCCUGUGCAUGGACUCUGCCCUGGGGACACCUGUCCAGGAAGAGCUCUGUGGAGUGGCGGGCAAGCCUGGGAGCCGGCAGGAGGUCUGCCAGGCUGGCUCGUGCCCUGCUCGGUGGGAGACCCGAGCCUUGGCACCAUGCCCAGUGACCUGUGGAGGGGGUCGAGUGCCCCUGGCUGUGCGCUGCGUAAGGUUGGAGCACGGCCGCCCUGUCCCUCUGCCCCACUCCAAGUGCUGGCCAGUGCCCCAGCCUGGCCCCUUUGAGGACUGCAGCCCAGAAGCCUGUCCAGCCAGGUGGAAGGUGAUGUCCCUUGGUCCAUGCUCAACCAGUUGUGGCCUUGGCACUGCCACCCGUACAGUGGCCUGCAUGCAGCUUGACCGAGGCCAGGACACUGAGGUGGAUGAGGCAUCCUGUGCGGCUCUGGUGCGGCCACAGACCAGCAUCCCCUGCCUCCUCACUGACUGCACCUACCAGUGGCAUGUUGGCACCUGGACAGAGUGCUCCGUCUCCUGUGGGGAUGGCAUCCAGCGCCGGCGUGGCACCUGCCAUGGACCCCAGGCCCAGGCGCCUGUGCCAGCCAGCCUCUGCCGGCACUUACCCAAGCCAUCAACUGUACGCAGCUGCCAGGCUGGGCCCUGUGUGGGGCAGGGGACCCUCCACCCAGCACCCCACAAAGAAGCCACUGACCCCGACCAGACCACAGCUGGUGGUGCUUCUCUGGAGUGGCCCCAGCUCCAGCCUCUGUGGCCCAAGGAAAGCCUGGUGGAGUCCAGUGCCUGUGGCAGGCAGCACCUGGAGCCCACAGGAACCAUUGACAUGCGAGACCCAGGUCAGGUGGACUGUGUGGUGGCCAUCGGGCGGCCCCUGGGUGAAGUGGUAACACUCCAAGUCCUCGAGAGCACCCUCAACUGCAGUGCAGGGGAGAUGUUGCUGCUCUGGGGCCAGUUCACAUGGAGGAAGCUGUGUGGGAAGCUCUCUGGCAUGACUUUCACCUCCAGGACCAACACUCUGGUGGUGAGGCUGCACCUUGUGUGGCCAGGAGGUGGAGUGCUGCUGCGGUACGGGAGCCAGCCUGCCCAUGGGACCUACAGAGAAUGCGACAGGCAGCUCUUUGGAGCCCAGGGAGAAAUCGUGAGCCCCCCACUGAGUUCAGAGGGGAUGGGUGUAGGAGGCUGCCGGGUCUUCAUCAGUGUGGCUCCACAGGCCCGCAUUGCCAUCCAUGCUCUAGUCACCCGCAUGGGCCCUGGAACCAAGGGAACCAGUGCCAGCUAUGUCUUGAUUCGGGACACCCACAACCUGAGGACCACAACAUUCCACGGGCAGCAGGAACUCUACUGGGAGUCAGAGGGCAGCGAGGCUGAGGUGGAGUUUAGCCAGGGUUUCCUGGAGGCACAUGCCAGCCUGCAGGGCCAGUACUGGACCCUUCGUUCCAGAAUGCCAGAAGAGGACCAAGAGCUGGAGCACAGCCAGGCCCUGCCCUAGAUUUCUCUCCAAGCAUUGGAAGGGAGGAGAAGGAACCUGACACCUAUUGAACACUGUUAGAUGUCUCCCUGUAGGGUUUAAUUCUGGUCUCAGAGUGCCUUCCCUAGGACUUCCGUCAAUCUUGGGGAUUCUCCUUUAGGGUCUUCGCCAAUGUACGCAAGGUUUAGGUGUGGGAGGUGGAGACUCUCUGGGAAGGCAGCUCCCAGCCCCUCAGAUUCCAAUAAAGGAAAUGGAAGGUCUGACCUGCAUUUUCUUU